AUGGCAUCCACACAACCAGCAACAUUAGCAAUUCGCACAAUGGCAUCUCGAACACUAGAAGAAGCGAGACAACGAGUUUUAAGACAGUAUCGUGCAUGGCAAAGAGCAACACCCAUCAUUGUACAAAUGUACCAGCUAGACAUACCAGUGUCCAUAGUACGGUCUUGUUUACGAAAUGCAUAUUCAAAAAACAAAGGAAUCACAAAUCUUAAGGCACUUGAUAUUCUUAUUUUCCAGGGUCAUGCCGAAUACCAAGAAACGCUUAAUUUUUGGAAACAACCUACACAUGUGAUGGCAUUUUUGCAAAAAUAUAUGCCGUUAAAUGAAACACUUCAACAAAGUAGCCGACUACAUAACACUGCUUUGAGUAGUCCAACAUUAAAUAACAUGAUAGGAAAUGCCUUAACAGUAGGAAAGGAAAAACAAGUCAAUUUUCUUGAAACGUUUCUUAGCGGUAAAUCAUAA